AUGCCCGGAGCGCUCCGAUCUGUGCUGACGUUUGUGAUGCAACUUUUUCAACGUUAUGGAUUUUUGCUCAAUUUAGAGAAAGGCAACACAAGUGCAGUGGUCUCCUUUCGAGGGACCGGAGCACCGCUGCUCCGGCAGCGUUUCCAAUUGGGACCACGCCCAGCCCAAGCUGCGUUUAAUCAAGUUGCCAAACCCAUCUUGAGCAAUCGCCACCUUCCAGAAUGCACCCGUAUUCAGCUUUUCCAUACGCUGAUUGGGACGAAACUUUUCUUUGGGCUCGGCGGAUGGACUACGCCGACACAUAGACAGAUGGCCAAACUUAAAGUUGUCUUAUUGCGGAUGCCGCAGAAGGUCAUGAGACUCUCCAACCUGACGACUCCUGCAUCUGAGGUGUUUCGACGUGCCAAACAACCGGACCCUAGGGUCCGUUUAGCCGUUGACAGGCUCCUGUACGCACAGAGGCUUUGGGAGCACGGACCGGAGGACCUUCAACACCUCAUCCACAGGGAACAGGCGUUAUGCACGGGCUCCUGGACGGAAGGUCUCCUUGCAAAUCUUCAGUGGCUCCGGAUGACGGAGCAGGAUGCCCAAUUACCCAUUGACCUGACCGAUUUGACCGCCCUCUUUGAUUUUUGGCAAAGUGGAUCACCAGAGUGGCAGCAGAGAGGCUUGCAGCACAUUCACGUCAAAAACACCAGAUCGGUGCUAUGGAGAGACAUCUCAUUGAGGGCCAACAUGUCCUUCAUGCCUGAAGUUCUUCUGGAGCCGCCAGAGGACCUCCAGAAACGGGGCUUCAAGGUGCCGGAUGAUAUCACACCGACUCCCAAUGCACAACCCAGAGGACUCCAUGGAACUGAAGCCCUACAAGCUUUAGGCCCACGCAUGCUACCCAAAGACAGUCGUAGCAAUGACUUGCUGCUGACUCGACAGCAGCUCGAGCAAAUCGAAACAAUCAUUUUUGACAUUUCCAUCCCAAAGGACGCUGAAGCACAGAAAGCUGCCUACUGGCGGAAGCUUACAGCGAUCACGGAAGGAUGGUUUCAACGUUUCCAAGAUGCAGGCUUUGAUUCAUCAAUCAUCGCCUACUUACCUGAUGAAUGGCUGGACGUUGCUGCUACAGCCGAUCCAGCAUAUCCUAAGUGGUUGGAGCGUGUUCACAUUGAAUGGGGAGAAAGAUGUCUGGAAGACAUCGUUGCCAACUUUGUGGAUGGCGAGGUGGGGCAUGAUACUUGGCGAUUUCUCUCCGAGUUGUACAAGGCAGGCAAGGUGUCCGCUACCAUAUGCGGGCCCCCCUGCAAAACCUUCUCAGCUGCCCGCCAUCAUCAGCCGGAGCCUUCACCUGAAGGAAACCCAGCAAGAUGGCCUCGUCCAUUACGAAGUGCCGUGCGGCUCUUUGGACUGGAAGGCCUGACGGCCAGAGAACUACGGCAGGCAGCACAAGGAGCUGAGUUCUUCAUGCAGGGUGUCAUUGUUGCGGCAUGGGCCCUUCAAUUUGGCGGGGUGUACCUUAGCGAACACCCUUGGAAACCUGAAGAUGAGGCAAGGUGGGGAGCAAGUUCAUCCAAGCCCACAGGGAUCUUAGCUAUCAACUGCCCUACCUUCGUGCAAUCAGCCUAUCGAAGACAGCUUCCAGAUGCUGUCAAACCUCAAUAUGUUGCCAUUGGACGAGAUCAGCAGACAGGUGUUUUGCGCACGGCUGUGCUCAAAGAGUGCCCGCCUGCCUUUUCGGCAGCGCUAGCCGGUGCUGUAGCAGAGUGUUUCUCAUCAGCUUUGCGCCGCAACAAGCUGACUGAUGCACCUCUGGCACAUCCUGAAACCGAGUCAUGGCUCAAAGCCGCAUUGACAGCUUGCACUGCCAUACGUGCAGAGGCCCCAUGGCUACCGGAUUUUCAGUGGUAG